UCCAACUCACUCUUUACUGCUGCUGCUACUACUACUAAAAUAAGCCCAUUCAAUUGUACAGUCUCUCUCAUUUCUCUCUCAAGGGUUUCCCGUUUUACUGCACAGUCGGUUCUUUGUUUUCGUUUUUUCUUCUUCUUCUUCUUCUUCUUCUUCUUUCUCCCCCUCCACAACAGUAACGCUUGCUUGCUUUUGGCCUCUCAAUUCACGCCUCCGCCGCAGAUUCAAAUUCAUGUCUAAUCUAUACCAUCAGAACGUGAAUUUCUCUCCUGCCAGAGCUGUUUCCCCGCAUAUUGAUAGUCAGUACUUGACAGAGCUUUUAGCAGAGCGGCAGAAGCUUGGGCCCUUCACGCAAGUUCUUCCCGUAUGCAGUCGACUAUUGAAUCAAGAAAUUUUGAGAGUUUCUGGGAUGAUCCCCAACCAAGGAUUUAAUGACUUCGAUCGAUUGCACCGUGGAAGCCCGAGACCUAUGGCGUCUCUUGACAUGAUGCAGGAUAUUGGAGGGAAAGGUUUAGGUGGCUGGAACAGCCUUCAACAGGAGCAGAGACUCAGUGGACCACAAGGAAUGCCUAUUGAUUGGCAAGCAGCAUCAGGAAGCCCAAGUUCGUUAAUUGCAAAGAGGGUCUUGCGCUUGGAUAUACCAGUUGAUAGAUAUCCAAAUUACAACUUUGUUGGCAGACUUUUAGGCCCUCGUGGUAAUUCUUUGAAGCGAGUGGAGGCUUCUACUGGGUGCCGUGUAUUUAUUAGAGGAAAGGGCUCAAUAAAAGACCCUGACAAGGAGGAGAGCCUAAGGGGGCGGCCAGGCUAUGAGCACCUAAAUGAUCCCCUUCAUGUUUUGGUUGAGGCAGAGCUACCGAUCAAUAUUGUUGAUUCACAGCUGAAACAAGCGAGGGAAAUUAUUGAAGAACUGCUCAAACCUGUGGAUGAGUCGCAGGACUUGUACAAGAGACAACAGCUUAGGGAGCUUGCUUUGCUGAACAACAGUUUCAGAGAAGAGAGCCCCCAACCAAGGGGCAGUUUAUCUCCUUUUGGGUCCACAGGAAUGAAGCGUGCUAAAACUGGUUGGUGACCCUCAACUUUCUCCUCAACAGGACCUUCUGUCAUUGCUGAUAAACAACUUCCAUGCUUUUAGAUGCAUGAUAUGAUGACAGUGGCAACAAGUAAUCUACCAUCCUGGGUGCCUGCGGGGCUUUGUCGUGGAAAUAUGUUCGUCCUCCUCUAUAUACCAACUGGCCAUGACCUCUCUUACUGAUUUGUUGACAGUAGUAGUUUGCAGUUGCUAAGCGUAGAAUGAUUAUUUGAUUUGUUUGUUCUUGACCUAUAGUUGAUAACUGUGGUUGGUUUGCUAUUAUUCUUUUUCUUUUUCUUUUUCUUUUUAAGUGUAAUUUAUUCUGUCAUAUGUCAAAAAUAAGUUGGAUGUUAUGAAGCUUAUGGUGAAGGUUUUACUCAUAAGGUUGGUGCAGUGGUGCUUUAUGUCAUAAA